AUGUUCGAAAUGAAGAAGCUCGCCAUUUUCAGUGUUUUUGCUCUUUCGCUCUUUGUUAUUGUCAGUGGGAAGAAAGCAGACCCAGAAAAGAAACCAGAAUGGGCGAAAAAGGACAUUCGAGACUACAGUGAUGCUGACAUGGAAAGGUUACUGGACCAGUGGGAGGAAGACGAGGAGCCCUUACCUCCAGAUGAAUUACCAGAACACCUUCGUCCUCAACCAAAAAUGGAUCUAAGUGGGAUUGAUAUGAAUGAUCCAGAACAGUUACUCAAAAUAAGCAAGAAGGGGAAAACCCUCAUGAUGUUUGUCCACACGGCGGAAGGAACUCCUCGGCAUGAAACAGAGGAGAUAACAAAACUGUGGCAGACAGGUUUAUGGAACAAUCAUAUUCAGGCUGAAAGAUACCUUAUUGGUGACGAUCGAGCCAUCUUCCUUUUCAAAGACGGUGCUCAUGCAUGGGAUGCUAAAAACUUCCUAGUGGAACAGGAGAAGUGUUCACAAGUCAUAAUAGAAAGUAAAGCUUAUCCAGGACCAGCAUUUACUCAGGGUGGUGAAGAAUUUGGACCUCAAGUAAGGGAGAGUGAUCGUAAAAAAAGAAAAACAGAACUGUGAUGUAGCUUUUGUUAAUAAUUUACAAAUUAUGUGUUACUUUUGCAUUUACAUUAGACACUCAAUUAUUUUUAGUGUUAAGAAAAAAAAUGUAUUCUAGAAAUUUGUAAUGAGAGGUAGUUUGUAUGUGUGCCAAUAAUGCAGAAUAUUUUGAUGAACAAUGAAAACACAUGAGCUGGUUAGAUCACAUUUAAAGAAAUCCUAUCGCUUUUAGGAUUGUCUGCAUCUGCUCUUCUGUAUAGAUUCUAAACUUUGUUUACCAAAUUAGGUUACUUUUUCAAAUUUAUUUAAUGCUCUUUGACAUGUUUUUUUUAAGUAGCUAUCAGUGUUUCUGAGGGGGGAAAUAAAUUAAGAUUAUCAAUAGAACUGAUUUAAACUAUUACAGUUUAUAUAAUCUCUCAACAAAUAGUAAUAAUACAAAACCUUAUUUUCAUAAA